CAUGGCUCGCACAACGUUCGCUGCGGGCGGUAAACUGAGACAGCGAGUAUCGUCGUGGGGUCUGAACCAAAGACGCCUUGCGGGUGAUCCCGAACGGAUGCAAAAUUCCUCCCGGUCAUGCGAUUGGUGCGGAGAAGUUUGGGCGUACAAGAUCCGCAUUGCCUCUUUCGUACCGGGGUGAAUGCUGGAUUCGGAACCAUUGGUGGGCUAAAUACGAGAUCACGUGUAAGGGGGUCUCACAUGCUAGCACUCACAGUCAGCGAUUUGGCAGUCCCUCUCCUUCCGCUCACUGCCUCCUUGAACGACUCCGUAUUAAUGCGGCACACCAUGUUCAUCGGUUUGACGCGAUGGCUGAGAAUAGUUCGCAUGUGUCGCUUGCGCAUCACAGCUUCCUUAUCUUCAACGCGACUGCCACCUUGGUCGAUGCAAAAGCAAACAUCGAUCUCACUUGCGAUGGCGUUUCAUGUCGACCUUCCCAUUCCUCUAAAGUUCGGUCUUGUUAUCCGGCACGGGAUCAGAGGCGCUGUGAGGUGCUGUAGUGCCCGAGGUGGUGUCCUGCAUGCAUUUGGUGCUGAUCCCCGAGAUUCGCGCCAAUGAAGGUGGAUCGACUGCCUGUGUUUCUAUACAGGGUAGCCUUGCAUCUGCUUAGCCACUCAAUAGUGUGUCCUCGAAAAAGAGAAGUAGAAGGUGUAGUGAUCAUGGCUCUUUCAGGUGCGCUUUGUAUAGCCACUGCGAGACGAGAUUCUAUUCCCGAGACUUUCGC